UAAGGUAACGCGUCAUGAACAAUGAAAAUAUUAAACAUUUUAUAAACAUUUUUGUACAAUGCCCAAAUCAGAUGGUAAAUUUAGGUGCUGUUAUGUAAAUACAAUAUGCGGCCGGAGUUUACAACAUGGUGUUAUGUUUGUGGGAAUAGCCACAGUGGUAAUUUCAUCAAUAGUUCUUCUACUGUCGCUGGUUUGUGCCACACUUACGUUGAGAUCGGAUAAGUUGUUAAACGCUCAUCCGGUUGCAGCGAUGAACUUUAUUUUCUCACUUGUAUCCUCCAGUUUCUCCACUUAUCAGAUCCUCAUAUCAGCCGUACUGCUUUGGCAUGUGGGCCAAGAAAUCUUCUAUAUAUAUUCUUUGUGGUAUACAUCACACUUAUCAAUUUUGACAAUCUAUUUUGUUCUGUUCACAAUUAAAGUGAUUAUUUGUUUUGCCGAGAAACAUUAUGUGACAGCUUGCAUUACAAUUUCUAUUGGGAUAUUAUAUGAAGGUAUUUUUAUAUAUUUUCUUAUUAUAGUGAACAGUUAUUUAUACUCAAUAAAUCAAGAUAUAUACCAAUGACGGCAACUUCUUUAUUUCUAUUUUUUAUACACAUUGAAUGAAUGUCAUAUUUAAAAAUUAACACAAAGACUUGAAAACAUUGAAUAAAAAUAGCCUCAGUAGUACAGCGAGGUUUUAUGAUGGUGAAUAAAUCCGUCAACGAGCUCGAAUCUUUAGUAUUUCAGCAAACAUCUUAAGUCGUGAGAACUCUUGUUUUAUGACGUCAUUUCGCCCUCAAACCUGGCGUCGCGCUAAGAAAGGAUUUCGCUUCACAGGGUUAUUA